GCAAAGGUCUCUUCUUCAGCAGCCUCAGCCUCUCUCCGUUGUCCCCUCCAAAAUCAAUCCUUCAUCACACCUCCGGUCUAGGAUUUCGCUGUUGUCGCCAUGUACCGCACGGCAGCUUUACGAUCCAGGGUUCUCAAGGGUUGUUUACACCGCAAUUUGCGAGCAGCACGUUAUGCAAGUUCGAGUGCCGUAGCUACGAGUUCUUCUUCAGGGGGCUUUUUCAGCUGGUUGACUGGCGAAACAUCUCGCUCGCUUCCUUCAAUGGACAUGUGAUAAGCCAUUUCGACUGUUGGUGAGGAAAACAUUGAGGAAGAGAAGGGCAGAAGGGGAAGAUAUUAAUCGGGAGAGAGAAAACUUGGAAAGGAUGCUGAAGAGAGGGACGUGUUGUAGAGAAUAUGGAAGCAACAAAACAUGGGCGUGUAGUACGGCUGCUGGUGGUUAUUAAUUACCUAUAGGCUAUAGAUAUAUAUGGCUACUUAUAUAGGUUUGUAGGUCAUCUCCUUAGCGUGUUACUGAGAUGGCUAUAUAACUAUCUCCUUUGCUUGUGGUAAGGGUAUCUGAAAUCUUAAGAAUACUGUGAUUGGGGAGGUUAAUAGAGAGUGGUGUUCCUCUCUAGACCUUGGUGGGGAGAAGAGAGUGGUGUUCCUCUCUAAUCCGGGUUUGUUUCUUUUGCUUUCCUUAAUACAAAUCAGUAUUAUCCUUACACUAUUCUUGGUAUCAGAGCAAAUGGAUCCAGUAACGUCAAUGUCAGAUAUUCAUGAGUCCUUCUGCAGAGCGGAGAAAAUGCUUUAUAGAUUGUGUGCGAGGUGGGGUAUCGAGGUUUCGGUGGAACAGUCACCAAGCGACGCAGGCGAGCCCACGGUUUCGGUGGAGUCCGAAGCGACUUUGGUGAAGCACAAAGCAGAGGAAGAGACUCUGACAUCUGAUUCAGCGAUGCAGAUCGAUGGUGUAGAGAUAAUCUCAAGCUUAUCACCGAUGGUUGAUGAUCAUGCCGAACCGCUGGCAGAUUUGCAACCGGAUCAAGAUCUCGAGUCAUCGUUUCCGAUGGAGCAGUUUCUGAUGGUGCAUGACCUUGAUGAGGUGCGAGAUCGGCAACAGGUUCGUAGUGGCGAGCCGAUAUCAGCGACCGAGGUGACGGUCAAGCAAUCGCUGCAAGAGAUGAAGGCUUCGGUGACAAACAAAGCAGACGUUGUGGACAAGGGGGCACUAAUGACGUUUGGUCGACACAUCGACGCGUUGCUGGAGGAGAAUCGAUGGAAGCGUUCGUUCUGUCGUUAUCCUUGGCAUCAACAGAAUGAGGAGCCGACAUUUGAAGUCGAUAGAAAAGGUCGCCGAACAUCUCGAAACCAAGAUGUCGUUAUAGAGAUGGCAACGAUGGACAAUGAUUCUGGCGAUGUUGGUGGCUGCGACUAUGAUUUAGAUGACCCAGGUGGUACUCAGAGGAAGAAGCGCAAACAAGACGGUAACCCGUUUACCGAAAACCUAAUUGCAUAUUUUGAUAAUGGAGAGAUGCAGGAAUUGGAAAUUUUGUUUCCGGAUUUGGUAGUGGGGCUGAAAAAGGAGAGCACAAUUGCUCUGGCAUUGUGUUUGGAGCACAGCUCCUUCGGUGUGGUACCCAUGGGGCCCAAACCUAGACAGGCCCAAUUUGCUCAUCCAUCUUCUUCACCAAAUCUCUUCCGUAGAGAGACUUUGCCUAAAGGGAGUUUCACCUGUUCGCAGCGAAUAGGUUAUCGUCACCGUCAUACGGAUCCAUGUUCUUCCCCAUCAAGAGUGUCCCAAUCUGCAAGUUGUGAUGCUAGUUUACCAACACAAAAGCUGGGGCUUUGCCGGAUAUCAGAUUCGAAAACGAAGGAUCAGAGAAAAAGGGGAGUAUGCUUUCAAUGUACAGACAAAUAUUUUUCGGGUAAACGCCACAGGAAGCCGGAACUUCAGGUGCUGUUGGUUGAAGGUGACGAUAAAGGGGAUGUGGAAAAUCUACUUCCAGAUUCGUUUGUUCGGCAGAAAUCGUCUAGCGAGGUACAUGUACAUGCUUCGUUAUUGAUAGAAACCGAGAAGAACAUUCCACCGGACAAGUUUUUCUAUAACGACGACACACACCUGAAAAAGGUAGCGAUAUCGAGGUUUAAUGGUUUUGGCGUCUCAGAUGGGCUGGCCAGAGCAGAACUGUAUUUCCAGUUGGGUGGUAGUACCAACAAUGAAAAGUGGCGUCUGGCAUCCAUGAGUAUGGAUGACAGGGCUCUAAUGGGGUACAACUGGCAAAGUCGUCUUCCUUUGCGAGUCUGGGAUGAUUUUAGAAUACGAGUUUUUGAGCGAUUUGGGGAUCUACACUCAGGAAUUUCGGGAUGUAAUCGACGUGAUGCGGUCUCAAGGUCUAAAAAAUUUCAUUGCUCUGGCGAUGAGACUAGACGACAGUCUGAUGUACCCACCUGGAGAUGGGAGGAGAGCAAGUUCUGUCGAUCGCGUCAGGAGUAUUCAAGCCAACCCAUUCGCACGGUUACCAUACCAAUGGUGGCGUCGCAGUGGUCUCCAAAACCCCGAUCAAAGGACGCUCGCAAUACACCGAGCCAUGCACAAGGGAGCAUCGCGAAGCCGAGUUCGCAGGAGCAAAGUGGGAUAGACAGAUGGUCUUCUUUUCACCAACUGACCGAUUUGGAGAAGAAAGACGAGCACAAGCGCAGCAUGUUUUUCAGGUGCGAUGUGACAUUUUUCGUCGACCAUCGAUGCAAACACUGUGAGUUGCAGGUGGAAAUCUUUUCUGAGGAUGUCAAGCUACACGCUCCACCUGAGGAGGCUCCAAUAAUUGUAGGAGAAAUCACUGAAUUGGCACUCAACUUUAUAUUGUAG